GUAAUCGAAUAUAAAAAAAUUGAUCAAUCACGUGUCCAAUAUAAAAACGCAUCAACAUUACGCUUUUUACAUUAUACAUGUGAUUAGUCAAUUUUCCUGUAUAUUAUGCAAAUUUGCCUGCACUUUUCUUAAUAAAUGAUUAAUUGGUUAAUUAUUGCUGAUUUGUUACAUUACCGUGCACUUGGUUCAUCGUAUAUCUUGUAAUUUUUCUUUUUCUUUUUUUCUUCCCAAUCCUUAAUUAUGUAUCUAUUUUAUUUUGAGAAUAAAAAAUACAAUUAUCAACGAUAUAUAAUACUACGUCGUGAAUCGUUCCAAGUCCCGAGUUGUCCUUGUGUAUUCAAUCUAUACAACCUCGUGUAACCGGUUUCUGAAAAAGCCGCAGAAAAGGCGCGAAAAGCGCUUUGUGAUGUGGCAUGUGGUAUGUCGUGUUAUGUUGAUACUAUAUAUUGUGUAUUUCUGUAGGCAGAACGAUAUAUAAAUCAACAUUAUACAUAGGAAGUAAGAAUUUUUAAUUUCUAUAUAUAGAAUAACAAAAACAACUCUUAACAAACAAUAACAUCGUACAGAAGAAUAUAUUUUAUCAACAAUGGUACAUGAAAAACUGGAAGUACAGGAAUUUAAAAGGCAGGAAAUACAAUAUGAAGAUUUAACUAAUGAUUUUAAUGAUAAAAUUGACUUUUCUAAGCAAUUUUGUCAUAUAUAUUCAGUGAGAUUGGCAGAACUGAAAGAGGUAUUGAUACCUCAAGUUAUUAAAAAAUGGGGAAAAGUUAAGAUACUGAAGUUAGCAGAGGUGGAAGAUUUUGAAGGAGAACAAUGCGUAAUAAUUGGCACACUCUAUAAACAUCAAAAGUGGAAACCAUCAAUAUUACAUGAGUUAAGCGAAGAUCAUCAGCUCACAUUAUCUGAACCAAAAUCAAAUUAUUGCUCAGAAAAGGAUCAACUUUUCUUAGAAGAUGAAAUGCUACGUAUUAAAUUAAUAAUAGAAGAUGCAGACUUGAAGAAUUAUGUUACAGGUGUUGUGUGCGCUGUCCUAGGUUGCAAAGAAAAAGAUGGCAGCUUUCUAAUCAAGGAUUGGUGCUUUCCUGGUUGUAUCCCUAAAAGUUCACCAAUACAGCGAAAAUCUAAAGGAAAGCUGGUGUUUCUAUCUGGACUCGAUUUAGCAAAUAGCUCAAAGAAUUCACCAUUGAAUUCGUCAUUGAAUUAUUUAACAGAAUGGAUAUGUGGCAUGGCGGGAAAUACAGAGGUGCUAGAAGAUGUCACUCGCAUUGUUAGAGUUAUUAUUGCUGGUAAUUCUGUUAAAACUGUCACCAAGACGAACACUCUGAUGGGACAUGCUGAAGGAAAAGCGCAGGACGCCGCGAUAACGAAAGAAAUUGGUACAGCAACAACGCUUAUGGACGCAUUUCUCGCCGAAAUAGCGAAAUUUUGUUGCAUCAUUUUAAUGCCAGGUCAGCACGAUCCCACCAAUGCGAUGCUACCUCAGAGACCGCUACAUGCGUGUAUACUACCACUGACGGCCAGAUAUGAAAGUUUCAAAAGUGUGACUAAUCCAUGGAUCGGGAAAGUUGCCGAAUGUGUGGUAAUGGGCAGCAGCGGACAACCCAUUGAGGAUAUCAUGAAGGCAACCGAUGCGACAGACAUUUCUCCUUUAGAAUGGCUAGAAAGAACGCUGCUUUGGAAGCAUAUGUGUCCGACUGCACCAGACACAUUACCAAUACAGCCUUACUCUGAAAAGGAUCCCUUUAUCAUAAAUCAUUGCCCGGAUAUAUACUUUGUUGGUAACACAGAUAAAUUCGAAACAAAAUUAUGGAAAGGUGAAGAAAAUCAACAAGUCAGGCUAAUUUGCAUUCCAAAGUUUUCCUCUACACGUACCGCGGUUAUAGUGGAUAUGGAAACGUUGGAUACCGAUUUUAUGUGCUUUGAGAUGAGCAACUGAAUAAACUCACGAUUUUAAUCUAACUGUUGGAUGCAAAUAAUCUAGCAUUAUGUAACAUUUUUUAUUGCCAGAUUAUGUCGCUGAUAUUAAACGAUAUUUUUGUACUUUUAUUCUAUAUUAUACGAAAAUAAAGAGAAUUUUUUAUUUUGA